AUGGCUGCUGUGCAAGUUGCCGGCUUGUUGCCUUCGGGGCAGCAGCGGGAGGCACCGCGGGAAGCAAUCCCUGAGCGAGGCAAUGGGUUUCGCCGCUUGUCUGCCAGGCUCUGCGCCCUGCGCCCGGAUGACAGCAGCUCCGCCCGCACCGAGAUCCACCUGCUCUUCGAUCAGCUCAUCUCCGAGAACUACAGCCAGGGCAGUGGUGUGGCCCCGCAGGACGUUAGUGCUCUUCUUGUCCAGGCAUGCCGACUGGUACCUCUUAAUCAGAAUCAUCUUGUCAGCAAAGCGUCCCAGCUUAUCCACCAUUUACUUGACAGAUUACAGGUAAUUAUUGAUGAACAGCACUUGGAUUUCCUGUUGGCAUAUACUAUUUCAGCUAUUCAUCAGUGUAGUUCCUGGACACACAUGGAAAUUCUUCAAGCCCUGGCAGCUCUGGUGUACUGCAAUGGCUCAAAAUGUCAAAAGUACCUCCCAGAGCUGCUAGGCAAGACCGGACUCUUAAUGAAGUUGAGUGACUUGGCUCAGUCUGAUCCCGAAGUCAGGAGAGCUGCAGUACAUUGUAUGGCAAACUUAUGUCUCAGUAUGCCAGGACAGCCGUAUUUGGAGGAGCCCUACCAAAAUGUCUGUUUCCAAGCUUUCCUGACUAUUUUACAAUCUCCAAAAUCGUCUGAUAUGGAUGAUAUCACAUUUUGCAUGUUAUUGCAAAAUGCAUUAAAAGGUAUACAGUCACUUCUAAAUGGUGGGAGAAUGAAACUAACACAGACCAAUGAACUUGGAGCAGUUCUAGCUGUGCUAAAGAAAUUCAUGUUUCACGGACUCCCUGGACUAAACAUAGAGAUGCCCACGGUGUUAUACCCAACUCCGCUUCCUCAGUAUGAUGGGCGAACACCUAUCAAACCACAGCAAUCAGAAUCCAGUGCUUCUCGACCAACUUUGAAUAAAAAGAAAAAGUCCAGAGUAAAACCAAAGAAAAUCCAGCAAGGAGAGGAGAAGGAAAAGGAAUCCAGUGGUGAAAUAGAGGCAGCCCCAGUCACUGGCACAGGCAGAGUGAACCUGCAUGAAGGGAACACUUGGUGUCCCUCCUCCCUGGGUGUCCAGAGUUUGCCUUUAGAUGGAAGUGGAGCUGCAGGAAAAGAUGGAGUCUCCUCACCCUUCAGUUCUUCCAGUUGGAAAAGGGUCAGCAGUAGUGAGUCAGACUAUUCUGAUGCUGAAGGAGGCAUGCAGAGUAAAAUGAGGUCUUACCAAGCUAAAGUUCGCCAAGGAGCCUUAGUUUGUUUUCUUUCAACUAUAAAAUCGAUAGAAAACAAAGUUCUUUAUGGCUACUGGUCAGCCUUUAUUCCUGAUACACCUGAACUUGGCAGCCCACAGUCAGUGUCCUUGAUGACUCUUACAUUGAAAGACCCUUCUCCAAAGACACGUGCCUGUGCUCUGCAAGUUUUAUCUGCCAUCUUGGAAGGCUCAAAGCAGUUUCUUUCUGUUGCUGAAGAUACCAGUGACCACAGAAGGGCUUUUACCCCCUUCUCCGUAAUGAUCGCUUCCAGCAUUAGAGAGUUGCACAGAUGUCUUUUGUUAGCUUUGGUGGUGGAGUCAUCCUCACAGACCCUUACUCAGAUAAUUAAGUGCCUUGCAAAUUUAGUAUCAAAUGCACCUUAUAAUCGUCUAAAACUCAGCCUGCUGACCAAAGUCUGGAACCAGAUAAAGCCUUAUAUUCGCCACAAAGAUGUUAAUGUUCGUAUGUCAAGUCUCACACUCUUGGGAGCUAUAGUGUCCACCCACGCACCUUUACCUGAAGUCCAGCUACUUCUGCAACAGCCAUGUUCUUCUGGACUCAGUAAUAGCAAUUGAGCAACCCCUCACCUCAGCCCUCCUGAUUGGUGGAAGAAAGCCCCUACAGGACCCUCUCUGGAAGAAACGUCAGUUAGCUCACCUAGGGGAUCUUCAGAGCCCUGCUGGCUCAUUCGACUCUGCAUUUCCAUUGUCGUACUGCCCAAGGAGGAUCCCUGUUCAGGUAGCGAUGCUGGCUCUGCAGCAGGAGGCAACUACGAACCAUCCCCCAUGCGACUGGAGGCCUUACAGGUAUUGACUCUUCUGGCAAGGGGCUACUUUUCAAUGACUCAAGCCUACUUGAUGGAGCUUGGAGAGGUGAUUUGCAAGUGCAUGGGGGAAGCAGAUCCAUCCAUUCAGCUUCAUGGAGCAAAGCUUCUGGAAGAACUGGGCACAGGCUUAAUACAGCAACAUAAACCGGACUCCACUGCAGCACCUGAUCAGAGAGUGCCAGUCCUCUUGGUGGUGAUGUUCUGGACUAUGAUGCUGAACGGUCCUUUACCCAGAGCCCUGCAGAAUUCGGAGCACCCAACUCUCCAGGCGAGCGCCUAUGAUGCCCUGUCUUCCAUCUUGCCAGAGGCCUUCAGCAAUCUGCCGAAUGACAGGCAGAUCCUGUGCAUCACAGUGCUGCUUGGGCUGAAUGACAGCAAGAAUCGCUUAGUGAAAGCUGCAACUUCACGGGCCCUGGGAGUCUAUGUACUUUUUCCCUGUCUCAGACAGGAUGUCAUAUUUGUUGCAGAUGCAGCAAAUGCAAUAUUGAUGUCACUUGAAGACAAGUCUCUAAAUGUUCGAGCCAAAGCAGCCUGGUCCCUGGGCAACCUGACAGACACUGUGAUUAUCAACAUGUAGGUGACUGAGCUUGCUUUCCCCAGCUGACUUCUGAGAUUGAGGGCCCAAGAGAAUGUCGUCGGUCCCUACCAUGAAAGUAUCAGCAGUAGUUCCCGCAUAUUAU